AGGCGGGUUCUGUGGUGUUACGACGCGAUCACCGUUCCCCAAUCGAAUUGGUUCCACGAUGAUGGAUUUUUUUAUUGCCAAAAACCACAAUACGCCGGACCCGGCCGUGGCGGUGCCGGCCAAGCUGGACUCUAGCGCGAAGCCAGUGAACGGAAAACGGGUUAAGAAGCACAAGGUACCAACGAUCAUGGUGACACCACCGACCCCUCCACCGGAACCCGUCUUCUCAGGAUUCAACUAUCUGCCGAUGGAGCUGCUGCUGAAGAUCAUGAAACAAAUCUCGGUCGACGAUCGGCUUGCGUGCGGGCAAACGUGUCACCGGUGGAUGGAAGCGGCCCACAACUACCUGCCGUUCGGGCGGCGCAUCAUUUACAAGUUCACGAACAUCAACUUCUGUGACUACGAGCCGCCGAUCAAGACGUUUCUGGAGGCAUUCCGCAUUUUCCCACGGAUCGCAAUCAAAUCCUGCACCUUCUACGGCAACAGCCAGUUUUGGCCGACCUUUGGAGAGUUCGUGGUGGAGCUGACGAUAAAGAACUGCCUGAUCAGGGACACGGAGCUGCUGUUCGUCUUGGAGAACGUGCCAAAUUUGCGUCAGCUCAAAAUAGAGCAGUGCGACGAGCUGUUCCGAACGUGGCACUUCACCAAGCGCCUCACCUGCUGCGAGUCUCACUUUGUGCUGCCGGAUUUGGCCGACGUGUCGCUCGCGAACAAUGACUUCUUGGACGAGCUGCACUUCAACAAGCUGAUGACGCUGGCCCCGAACAUUGCGCAUUUGGAUAUUUCGAACUGCUUCAAAAUGGUGGCCGCCCAUCGCCGGGUGGCCAUGGUGGAGCACAUCAUGCGCUUCAUCAACAUGCACCAGUUCCAGCUGCAAACGCUCAACUUCAGCGGCACGCUCGCGAUCGACGACAUCUGCCUCAGCACGCUGUCCAUGAUCGAUGGGCUCAGCCUGGAGACGUUCAGCAUGACGUUCUGCGACAAGAUCCCGUCGGCCAUCAUCGAUCUGCUGCGCCGCCAGCCGGACCUGAACAUCACGCACGAUCUGGAGUGGAAGGUUGGCCGCCACCCGAUCAAGGCGCCUGGGUUCAUCAGUUUUCUCGUGCGCCAGACGAACCUCGUUCACCUGGACCUGACCUCGUCGCUAGGGAUCACCGAUGAGGUGAUGGAGCUGAUUACCACGUGUUUGCCGAAGCUGAAAACCCUCAAACUGCGCCGCUGCAUCCUGGUGACCGACGAGGGCAUCAUGAACAUCGUCAAUCUGCAGGAGCUGGAGGUCCUGGAUCUGUCCAACUGCUACCGCAUCUCCGAUCACGCAAUGUACCGCGGUGUGAUUGGCCGGAAGGUGAAGAAUUUCAAGGAACUCUAUCUGUGCGAGCUGCCCACGCUAAGCGACUACUCACUCAUACAGGUGACGUUGAACUUUGAAAUGAUUCAAAUCCUGGACCUUAGCAACAGCCCGAACGCGGCCACGGACGCCACGAUGCAGUACGUAAACUACUAUCUGGUUUCGCUGAAGCAACUGUAUCUUCACUGCUGCACCAAGCUGACCGACUCCGGGCUCACGGGGAUCGACCUACCGGUGAAGCCCAUGAUCACGUGGGACAAGGAGGAAACGUUCCCGCUAGACCGUCUGUUCAAGCUGCGCGUCCUGAACCUCAUCGGGUGCUACCGGAUCACCGAUCUGUCGCUCCAGGAAGCCUUCAAGCUGGCCGAACUGAAGGAGCUCCACCUGGCACGCUGCUAUCAGAUAUCCGAAGCCGGCAUCGGCGUGCUGGCGGAAACGGCCAAAGCGCUCGAGUUCGUGGAUCUCAGCGAGUGUCCCAACAUCAACGACAACUGCAUCGAAAUGCUGACCCGCAGCCUGAAGCGGCUGCGCACGCUGAAGGUGAACAAGUGCCCGCUGCUCACCAGUGCCUGCCUGGAGAUCAUUGGCCACAACUGUUCCUAUCUGAAGUUCUUUCACGUAAGCGGCUGCGAUCGGGUGAAGAAUCCGAAGAAACGGUUAGCGCACCUUCCGUCCCUGAAAGCGGUCUACGUCGAGUGGUAGCGUCGGCGGCUGCGGUGGCGGCGGCGGUGGAGCGCUCUUUCGCUCGGCUGAAGAACAAUAAAAGCUAUUUUA